GCACAAUUGCCCAUCGCUGAGCGUAUAGUACUAGCUUUGAAUUCUGCUCAGCUAUAGCUCCUGGUCAUGGCCUUCUUCUCUCAAUCCAGUGACAGUGUCAAUGAAAAUGGUCACAUUACUAUGUUCGGCGAGCCCCUCAAUUCAAGAGGUGUACAAUCCCUUUUUAAGGCAGAUAUCGUCGACCCACCACCCACUCUUCAUAGCACCGAGCUACCUGAAUCGACACGGGUUUGUGUAGCUUCGCAUGAAAGCACAGGUAAAAUCAAAGAAGCUGAAUCUCCUAUUCGGCUGGGUCAGGAGACAGGCCUACCCGGUCCUUCAACCUCCAAGCCACCACCGUUAAGCUCGCAGAUAAGCAACAUUGGCGUGGAACAGGCGUCAACGGUUCCUCAGAAAACUUCCCCAUGCGUAGACAAGGACGAUGCGAAGAGCUAUGGCAAGGUUAAGGAAAAGAGGAAGUUCCCCAGAACGAUCGGCAACGAUACUGAUCAAGGACGUCCUCUCAAGCGGGCUAGAUCUGAAUGUGCUAGUCCCCAAAAACACGAGGAUUUUUACAUCUUGGAUGCCAAUACUGUCAUCGAGGUUGAUGGGGUGCUGUUCAAGCUUCAUCGUUCGAGGCUGGUCACCAAGUCAUCAUUCUUCGCGCAGCUUCUUCAACAUGACCUCAAAGAUAAUUUUCUCGAUGAUGGUGUGCGGGUGGAAAAUGAUGGAAAAGCGACGGUGUACCACCUCGGUAACAUUACUACAGCGGACGACCUCGUGGCUCUCUUGAAAUUUGAUGAUAACCCAACCGAGUAUUACUUUCAACCUCCCCCAUUCUCAGUUCUCGCCCCUAUUCUCCGUGCUGCGACUGCCUUGCGCUUCGAAACGUAUCGUGUUUGGGCAGCUCGAGUUCUUGGGCAAAUGUGGUCAUCCUCCCUGGCGGAUUUAACCCCCGAGCCGAUGAAAAACGCUGUGGAAAUCAUUGCCCUUGCACGCUCAUGUGACGUGAAUGUUGGUGUAGUAAAGCGUGCUUUAUAUGAACUUGCCAGGACUCGCCGGAUUGAUUUGGAAGGCCAUGAUGUCCUUGGUCAGCAAGGGCCCGAGCAGAUUGGCCAUGCAGACCAGAAGUGUGUGGAGCUCAUGAGAGAACUGUCAGUUACCACCUGGUCAGAGAUCGGUGUGCGAAUUGGCACGUCGUCUUGCCAGCAGGAUUAUGCGCAAAAAUUUACAUUUCCCUCCAAAUUUCCCUCCAACAACAAAAACGUGAAGUCUUCCGCACAGCGAGAGACAUACUGUCCAUGUUCGUUCAGAUCUGGCAAUGAACAAGCUACUUGGGAUGAACGUGUCCAUGACUCUGGGCUGUACACAAAAUUUCUGUUCGAUCCAGUGUGUGGUGCCCAGGCAUUGAUCGACAUUCCGUGGGGGGAGGAAGGCUGGUGCUUGGAUUGCAUCCAGUCAAAACGAGCUGCAUGGAGAAAGAUACAACAAAAAGUUUGGAGUGACAUGGACAAGUGGAUCCCUGGUAAUGUUUGAUUCUGGAGUAAGAUGGCUCUACACCAUUCCCGAACAGACUGGUGUACGUGAACACUUCCCAGUAUACCACCUACUAACUUUGGCUCUUUGCCAUUAGACUCCUGUUCGAGGUUCCGAACCUAAUCCCAUCUAUUCCGACUCAUCAGUACAGGAUUUCAUGAAUAUUUUUAGGCCUCCUCUGCAACAAUCAUUUGCACGAAUCCACAGUAAUAUACUCCAUUGUUCCAGUUUAGCCUUGGUAGCUCACUUCCACGUACACAAAUGUUACGAUGUAGUAGUAUAUUGUCAUGAGCAAAUAGCACUCAACUUACAAGGUACAAGCUCGAGUUGUAAGUGGGUCAGGUUGACUUUAGGCCACCUGCUCCACAGCACCAGGGUG